AUCAGUGUUUGUAAUUUACUCUGAUGUAUCUGUUCCUUUUAUGUGUGUUUGAGAUUGAAGAAAUUGGACGACGUCGUUUUAUAAGUCGGUUAGGAUUGGUAGGUUUAAGUUUUUGAGAACAAAUUUGUUAGGUUUUGUGAAGUUGAGGAGAAUGUUUGCAGUAUUAUCACGUGAAUUUGAGUAUGAUGACUGACGACGUUGACUUUUUAUACUUGUAUUGGUUUGUUUGACAAUUAGUUAUUAAGUCAGAAACAAGUACAUAAGGAUUUGGACAGAAAAACACAAGUUGUAGAAUUGUAGAGAUUUUCAAGGUGAAAAACUUUUAGCUUUUUCAAAGUUUUUGGUAGGUGGAUUUGCUAGAGUUGCACCCCUUUUAGGACAGUACAGGAGUUUGUGGAGACGUAUGAGGCCUGAGUGUCCGUGUUUACAGUCGUAUAAAAGGCGAAACAAUGGAAGAAGUGGAGGCGCCACCAAAAUCCGUUCACGACAAAAUAACCGAUUACAAGAACAUGGUUGUCGACGCAUAUAAGAACAAACCCGUCUCAUAUUGGAUACUCUUACUCUUAAGUAGCGCGGGAAUGCUUAUAGCUUUCCCCGCUUCUAGUCUUCUUUCACGACUAUACUUUUCAAACGGUGGCAAAAGCAAAUGGAUCAUUUCAUGGGUAUCGGUUGCAGGGUGGCCCAUCCCGCUUUUCAUCUUACUCCCUAUGUACUUCUUCACCAAAGCGUCCCCAACUCCGUUAACGUUAAAACUCGCUUUAUCCUACAUCGGUUUGGGUUUCUUAAGCGCUGCUGAUAAUCUCAUGUACGCAUACGCGUACGCGUAUCUCCCUGCGUCAACGGCCUCCCUUUUAGCGUCAACAGUCCUAAUAUUCUCCGCAAUAUUCGGGUAUUUUAUCGUCAACAACAAGAUUAAUCUCUCUACUAUAAACUCCAUCGUGGUAAUCACAGCCGCCAUGAUUAUAAUCGCCUUGGAUUCGGAUUCCGAUCGGUUUUCGUAUAUUACCGACACCCAGUACGCGCUCGGUUUUAUGUGGGAUAUUCUCGGAUCCGCGCUUCACGGCCUGAUCUUCGCUCUUUCUGAACUCGUGUUCAUAAAACUACUAGAAGGAAGAUCGUUUCACGUAGUGUUAGAGCAACAAGUAGCGGUGUCCUUCUUUGCGUUCGUUUUUACAACAAUCGGGGUCAUCGUAAACAAUGAUUUUCACGGGAUGAGCGCUGAAGCGAAAAGUUUUAUAGGCGGGGAAAGUACAUACUAUAUGGUUAUUAUUUGGGGCGUUAUUACGUUCCAAUUGGGAGUUUUGGGUUCAACCGCAGUGUUAUAUUUAUCGUCCACUGUGUUAGCCGGUGUACUUAACUCGAUAAGGGUACCACUCACAAGCAUUGCAGCUGUUAUACUUAUGAAUGAUCCUAUGAGCGGUUUCAAGAUUUUAUCGCUUGUUGUUACUUUCUGGGGAUUCGCGUGCUAUAUAUACGCAAGUUACCCUCUAAGUCAUGUUUCUUCUUCAUCUUCUAGUUGCUAGUUUUUUCGUAUUUGCCUUUUAAUCGAAAGGCUUAUGCAUACGUCUGUUUAAACAUCAGUCUUUGCCGUCUAACAAAAGGUUAUAGAUGGCCUGUGUGUUAUAUAUGUUAUAUGUUGUCAGCUUUUUUAGUUUGUUUGCAGCAUGUAAACAUACUACUUAUCAUUUAUGCUUGUUUAUAUACGUAUUUCGUAUACAUUGUAUGUUGUAAAAGUAAAACACAGUUUGUUCUAGAGAUGGGAACAGAUUUUUAACAGGUA